AUUGACGCGUUUAUUGAUUACUAACAAGGACAAAAACCGUAGAUUUUCUUUGGCUGCUAACAGCUGGUUAACCUAAGUUAUGCCACUUUGGAAAAACUGGCAAAUUUAAACAAUUGAUAACGCUUUUUUUCUGGAUCCACGCAGGCAUUACAUUGUAAACGGCAUCCCAUAAAACAUGGGCGAAUUAAAGUGGACCGAGAAGUAUAACCUGAUUACAAGGAACUUAGCCGAAUGGCUGGGCGAUGACAAAUUACGAAACAUCCUGAAGCAGCGGGACUUGAAGCUUUAUUGGGGCACUGCGACGACUGGCCGACCCCACAUUGGAUAUUUUUUACCCAUGUCGAAGAUAGCUGAUUUCUUGAGAGCCGGCGCAGCAGUAACCAUCCUUUUCGCAGACCUCCAUGCUUAUUUAGAUAAUAUGAAAGCUCCAUGGAAUUUACUCGAGUUACGCACAAAAUAUUACGAAGCUGUCAUUAAAUCAAUGUUGAAGUCUAUUAACGUACCUUUAGAUAAACUGAAGUUUAUCAAAGGGACUGAGUACCAACUAUCAAAGGAAUAUACUUUAGAUGUUUAUCGAUUAAGCUCGCUAGUAACCGAGCAUGAUGCAAAAAAGGCUGGAGCAGAGGUGGUGAAGCAGGUAUCAAAUGCACUCCUCUCGGGUCUUCUUUACCCUGGCUUGCAGGCUCUCGACGAGGAGUACCUCCACGUCGAUGCACAGUUUGGCGGGGUGGAUCAGAGAAAAAUAUUUACUUUCACCGAGAAGUACCUUCCCAUGCUUGGCUAUGAAAAAAGAAUUCACCUCAUGAAUCCUAUGAUUCCAGGCCUGACAGGAGCAAAGAUGUCAUCCUCUGAGGAUGACUCCAAGAUCGAUCUGUUAGACAAUGCAGCUGCAGUUAAAAAGAAACUGAAGAAAGCAUUCUGUGAGCCUGGCAAUAUAACUGAUAAUGGUGUUUUGGCAUUUUCAAAACAUGUCAUCUUCCCGUUAUUAGAUGAAAAUGAAGAAUACCAUGUUUCAAGAAAAGAAGAAUUUGGUGGUGAUAUUCGAUUCAGUAAAUAUGAAGAUUUGGAGAGUGCUUUUGCGAAACAAGAAAUUCAUCCAGGAGAUUUGAAAAAUGCUGUGGAAAUCUAUGUUAAUAGAUUGUUGGAUCCUAUUCGAAAGGAAUUUGAAACUAAUCCUGAUCUUAAAUCUCUUGCUUCAAAAGCUUACCCUCCACUACAAAAACAAAAGCCUAUAGAAGAAAUAACACCAUCAAGGCUGGACAUUAGAAUAGGAAAGGUAGUAGAUGUCAAUAAGCAUCCUGAUGCAGAUUCUCUAUAUAUAGAGAAAAUAGAUUUAGGAGAAGAAAAUGGCCCAAGGACGAUAGUUAGUGGAUUAGCAAACUUUGUACCAUUGGAUGAAAUGAAGAACCGACUGGUCGUAGUCCUUGCUAAUCUUAAACCUGCCACUCUUCGUGGUAUCCAGUCAUAUGGAAUGAUUCUCUGUGCAUCCGUAGACGAGCCUACGAGACAAGUAGAAGUUCUCUCUCCACCAAGCGACAGCAUUCCCGGCGAAAGAGUGCAUAUUGAGGGUUACGAAGAAGGCACUCCAGAUGAUGUGUUAAAUCCAAAGAAGAAAGUUUGGGAAAAACUGCAGGUUGAUCUUGCGGUAGGAGGCAAUGGAGAAGUCUGCUGGAGUGGUAAUCCAUUACUUACAAAAUCUGGAGGAAAAAUUACCUCGCGUACUUUAAGGAAUGUAUCGAUUAAAUAAUUGUUUCCUUCGAUAUGAAUAAUUAUUUAAUUUCGUAUGCAUUAUGUAUACUAUUUGUUUGCUUACUUUUCUACAUAGAUUUCUCAAAUAAUCUGCCUAACAGAGGCAUUGUUAAAAAUGAAGUUCUCAAACUGCGAUACAAAGUUAUCUUAGGGAAAUCAUAAAAUAAAUGAGCUUUUUUAAUCGA